AUGAUUGUAAAGAUUAUGACAUAUCAGCAUCUGACCAUGCAGUCUUUGGUAGAUAUGAUGAAACAUUACCUCCAUACCUCUAGGAAAGAGAAAUGUCCUCCUGAAGGGAAACCAUCUACAUUUGGACAGGUUGGCGGUAACCAGUAUUUGAACAAAGCAGGAGGUGUCAACAAUUUAUGCCUACCAAAUGACCCAGAAAACGAAGAACCCCUCAAAGGAGACAAUCACCAAAUAUUUGAAGCCGAAUAUGGAAAUACUGCAGGAAAUGAACCAUCAGGAUUGAGAGAUAUGCACCAACAGGAGAUACCAUGUUCUGUAUGCCACCAAAGAAAUAAAUCGGUUGUUCUGAUGAUACCAGCUGUGUUACAGAAAGCAAGAAAUAUGGAUGACAGAUGUUCAUUAAAAAAAACAUGCUACAGAGGCUGGACAUCCGAAUACAGUGGCUACCUUAUGACGGAUUAUAAGACUGCCAGUAGUAAGGAGUAUGCAUGUGUGGCCAAAAAUGCAGAACCUCUCGACGAUAAAACUGGAAACGAAGAUGGAGCUUUAUUCUACAGUGUCAGUACCAAAUGUGGCAGUUUGAAGUGUCCUCCAUACAAAGAUUCAGUAGAAGUUCUAUGUGUUGUUUGUACAAAAUAA